CAUGAUGCGGGGCCUGACGACAGGGCAGAGCGGCGACGUGGUAGCCUUCACCCUGGGGUCUGGCGCUCCCCACGUCCGGCCCGGCCGCCCCGCAGCUUAAGGAGGGCGCAGCCCUGAGGACGUGCUUCCGACUCCCCCCAAUCCCAGCCCGUCCCGACGCCCCCAUCCGCGCUCCUUGCGCGCGUCCGGCUCCGCCCCCGCCCCCGACGUGCCCCCUCGCGCCGCGCCCCCCGCCCACCCGGCAAACCCCGCCGCCCCGCCCGGCCGCCGCGAGCUUGGAGCCGACCCGCGGGCCUGAGAGACCCUCGCCGCGCACAGUCGUCCUCUGCCGCCCGCCGCCAUGGAUGUGUACCCCCCGCACCGGCUGGGGCUGCCCCGCGCGCGGUCCCCUGGCGGCCCCGGCUGCGGGUCGCCCUCCGUCAGCUGCAGCCGACUCCGCCAGGUUCAGAGCAUCCUGACCCAGAGCAGCAAGUCUCGACCAGAUGGGAUCCUCUGCAUCCUAGGAAUUGAUAGCAGGUACAAUGAAGGCUGCAGAGAGCUGGCAAAUUAUCUUCUGUUUGGUUUGUACAAUCAGAAUACCAGUGAUUUUGAGAAAACAGGGUUUUCUGAAGAAGUUCUGGAUGAUGUGAUUAUAUUGAUUAAAUCAGAUAGUGUCCAUCUGUACUGUAAUCCUGUAAACUAUCGCUAUCUCUUACCCUACGUGGCACAUUGGAGAAAUCUGCAUUUCCACUGCAUGACCGAAAAUGAGUAUGAAGAUGAAGAAGCUGCAGAAGAAUUUAAAAUUGCCAGCUUUGUGGACAUGGUUCGAGACUGUAGUAGAAUUGGCAUUCCUUACAGCUCCCAAGGUCACUUGCAGAUAUUCGAUAUGUUUGUAGUGGAGAAAUGGCCGAUUGUACAGGCCUUUGCACUUGAGGGCAUUGGAGGGGAUGGAUUUUUUACCAUGAAAUAUGAGUUGCAGGAUGUGAGUUUGAAUCUAUGGAAUGUCUACAGCAAGAUGGAUUCUAUGUCUCUGGAGAGUUUGCUUUCAGAGGAUUUGGUGGCUUUUGAACAUCAGUGGACUAGCUUCUUUGCUAAUUUUGACACGGAAAUUCCUUUCCUGCUGGAACUUUCCGAAUCUCAGGCGGGUGAGCCAUUCAGAAGUUACUUCAGUCAUGGAAUGAUCUCCAGCCAUAUAACUGAAAACAGCCCUAACAGGCAGCCAUUUGUUCUCUUUGGUAAUCACUCCACACGAGAAAACCUGAAUGCUGGCAACUUUAACUUCCCUUCUGAAGGGCACCUGGUACGCAGCACUGGUCCCAGUGGGAGUUUUGCCAAACACAUGGUAGUACAGUGCGUCUCACCAAAGGGACCCCUUGCUUGUUCAAGAACAUACUUUUUUGGAGCUACUCACGUUCCUUACUUGGGUGAUGACAAGCAGCUGCCCAAGAAAACUGAGCAGAUUAGGCUCUUGUCCCAGGUAUAUGCUGCUGUUACUGAGGCUGUUUUGGCUGGCAUUGCAUGUUAUGCUAAAACUUCCAGUCUAACAAAGGCCAAGGAGGUAGCUGAGCAGACCCUGGGAUCUGGGUUAGAUUCCUUUGAGUUGAUGCAAUUUAAGGCAGCCCUACGCUCCAAGAUGGCUUUCCAUAUACAUGCUGUGAAUAAUCAGGGAAGAAUUGUGCCUCUGGACAGUGAAGAUAGCUUAUACUUUGUGAAGACGGCUUGUAUGACUAUCUAUGACAUUCCUGACUUGCUGGGAGGAGGGGGGUGCUUAGGAUCUGUGGUCUUCUCAGAAUCAUUUUUGACAUCUCAGAUCUUGGUUAAAGAAAAGGAUGGCACUGUUACCACAGAAACCAGCUCCAUAGUCCUGACAGCCACCAUACCCAGAUUCUGCUCCUGGUUGGUAGAAGAUAAUGAGGUAAAAUUGUCUGAGAAAACCCAGCAAGCAGUGAAGGGGGAUGAGUGUUUUCUGGGCACUUUUCUAACUGGAGGAGAAGGAGUUUAUCUUUAUUCCAGCAAUCCACAGUCCUGGCCUGAGGAAGGGAAAGUGCAUUUCUUCUCUAGUGGCCUUCUGUUUUCUCACCGUCAUCAUGGAAGUAUCAUCAUUUCCAAGGAUCACAUGAAUUCUGUUGUGUUCUAUGAUGGGGAUUCCACCAGUAUCGUUGCUGCCCUUCUGAUAGACUUCAGAAGCUCAUUGCUUCCUCAUCUCCCAGUUCAUUUCCAUGGAUCAAGCAAUUUUCUGAUGAUUGCCCUUUUCCCCAAAUCAAAGAUAUACCAAGCAUUUUACUCAGAGGUCUUCUCCCCCUGGCAACAGCAGGCUAACUCAGGGGUAUCUUUAAAAGUGAUCCAGGAAGAUGGAUUAUCUGUGGAACAAAAGAGAUUACACUCCAGUGCACAGAAGCUCUUCAGUGUCCUGAGCCAUUCUGCUGGGGAGACACGGAGUCCUCUAAAGGUCCUCUCAGCCAAACUCCCAGAGCUAGAUUGCUUUCUCCAGCAUUUCGCCUUCAGCAGCAUUGGUCGGGACCCCGUGAUGAGAACCCAUCUCCCUGUCCUGCUGCACCAAGCUGAAAUCAACCCAACUCACCGAGUAGAAAAUGAGAAGGUAAUCAUCAGCAUUGUAACUGGCCUCCCGGGCUGUCAUGCUAAUGAGCUCUGUGCUUUUCUGGUCACUCUGCAUAAGGAAUAUGGCAGAUGGAUGGUGUACCGCCAAAUCAUGGACAGCUCGGAAUGUUUUCAUGCUGCUCACUUCCAGAGAUACCUUUCCAGCGCCCUGGAGGCCCAACAGAACCGCUCUGCCCGCCAGUCAGCCUACAUCUGCAAGAAGACCAGACUGCUGGUAGUGUUACAAGGGUACACCGAUGUUAUUGAUGUUGUCCAGGCCCUGCAGACCCAUCCAGACUCAAAUGUCAAGUCUUCCUUCACCAUUGGUGCCAUCACGGUGUGUGUGGAGCCCCUGAGCUGCUAUAUGGAGCACAGAUUUCUGUUUCCUAAAUGUCUUGACCAAUGUUCACAAGGACUGGUGAGUAAUGUGGUGUUUACCAGUCACACCACGGAACAGAGGCACCCUCUCCUUGUUCAGCUGCAGAGCCUCAUCAGGGCUGCCAAUCCUACUGCAGCUUUCAUUCUUGCAGAAAAUGGGAUUGUCGCCAGGAAUGAAGACAUUGAGCUGAUUCUCUCAGAAAAUAGUUUUUCAAGUCCUCAGAUGCUACGAUCUCGAUAUUUAAUGUACCCUGGCUGGUAUGAAGGUAAAUUUCAUGCUGGAUCAGUCUUUCCACUAAUGGUUCAGAUCUGCGUAUGGUUUGGUCGUCACUUGGAGAGGACUCGCUUUGUGGCCAAGUGUAAAGCAAUUCAGUCCUCCAUCAAGCCAAGUCCCUUCUCUGGAAACAUCUACCACAUCCUGGGCAAAGUGAAGUUUUCAGACUCUGAGAGGAUCAUGGAGGUCUGCCACAACACUCUGGCCAAUUCCUUGAGCAUCAUACCAGUUUUGGAGGGACCCACGCCACCGCCCGACUCCCGAAGCAUACUUCAAGAGAGCAGCGGGCAGCAGGAGUGCUACCUCGUGUUCAUCGGCUGCUCCCUGAAGGAGGAAAGCGUCAAGGACUGGCUGCGGCAGUCAGCUAAGCAGAAGCCUCAGAGGAAAGCCCUGAAGACCAGAGGGAUGCUGACCCAGCAGGAGAUCAGGAACAUCCAUGUGAAACGCCACCUGGACCCUCUUCCGGCAGGCUAUUUUUAUAAUGGCACCCAGUUUGUCAACUUCUUUGGUGACAAGACUGAUUUUCAUCCACUCAUGGACCAGUUCAUGAAUGACUAUGUGGAAGAAGCCAACCGGGAAAUCGAGAAGUAUAACCGUGAGCUGGAGCAGCAGGAGUAUCACGACCUCUUUGAGCAGAAGCCCUAGAGGAAGGCUGCAGAAUGUCCACCCUGGAGAUGGACAUUUAGAAAUGGGGUGUCUUAACCUCAGCUCUCCUGGAGACCCCUCCCUGGCUGGGCUGUCUUUAUUCUCCUUAGCCGUUGUGUGCUGGCUUGAGUGCAUGUUGUCUUUAUUCUCUAUACAGUGCUGAAGAGCA